AUGCCUCGAAUGGAGUCCAAGUUCGACGUCGAGGAUUCUAUCCUCGAGCCAAUCGCCAUUGUCGGCAUGGCCUGCCAUCUCCCUGGAGGUGUCCGUUCAGCAUCUUCCCUGUGGGAUGUGCUAGAGAAUAAGAAGUCCGUUCAAACCCCAAAGGUUCCGGCGAGUCGCUUCAAUAUCGACGCACACUAUCACGAGGAUCUUGAGCGUCCAGGUAGCUUCAACGUCCUUGGCGGCUACUUCCUUGACGGCGAGGUGGAAAAUUUCGAUCCCACUUUCUUCAAUAUGACGCCUAUUGAGGCUAUGUGGCUCGAUCCUCAGCAGCGGAAGAUCCUUGAGGUCGUUUACGAAUGUUUCGAAUCUGCUGGGGCUCCACUGGAUAGCGUUGCAGGCACCAACACAGCUGUCUUCGUUGGUAGCUUCACUAGCGACUACCAGCAAAUGUCGAUCCGCGACACCGACUUUCGGCACAACUAUGCUGCAACUGGUGUGGACCCAGGCAUUAUUAGUAACCGAGUUGGUAAUGCCUUUAACCUCAAUGGUCCUAGCUUCACGAUCAACACGGCAUGCUCUUCGUCUGUGUACGCAACCCACAAUGCCUGUCACGCACUGCGAACAAGGGAUUGUAACGGCGCUAUCGUUGCCGGGGUCAACCUAAUCAUCACAGUUGACCAGCACAUGAACACUGCAAAGCUUGGUAUUCUUUCACCCACCUCCACGUGCCACACGUUCGAUGCAAGUGCCGAUGGCUAUGGCCGUGCUGAAGGUGCUGGAGCAUUGUAUCUCAAACGCCUAUCUGAUGCUAUCCGUGAUGGCGAUCCAGUCCGUGGCGUAAUUCGCUCCUCUGCGGUCAACACAAAUGGUAAAGUCCCAAGCAUGGGCAUAACGCAUCCCAGCGUCAAGGGCCAAGAGCGAGUUAUUCGAGCUGCAUACGAGAGAGCGGGAUUGGAUCCUGCUAAAACUCUCUACUUUGAACUUCAUGGCACUGGCACGCCAGUGGGUGAUCCUAUCGAGGUCCGAGCUGUUGCUAAUGCUAUGAACGACACACGAAGCAAAGAUGCCCCAUUGGCUAUCGGAGCGAUUAAGGCAAACAUUGGCCACAGCGAGGCUGCCAGCGGUAUUUUCGCCGUGAUGAAGGCCGCAUUAGUCACUGAGGCUGGAGUGAUUCCAGGUGUUGCUGGCUUCAAGAGUCUCAACCCUGAAAUUGAUGAAAAAGGCUGGAACAUCAAGGUCCACCACGAAACGAAGCCAUGGCCAACCAACUCUGCUGUGAGACGUGCUUCUGUGAACAGUUUCGGCUACGGGGGUACCAAUGGUCAUGUCAUCGUAGAGGGCGUUGAGAACCUCUAUCCGUGGUACUCACACGGCAAGACUAUGGCCGAGGCCGCCUACGAUCACUCUACAUCGCGCCCAUUGCUACUGACGAUGUCGGCACAUGACAAGGCUACAUUGUCUCGAAACAUCGAAGCCCAUGGUACGGUGGCUGGCAACUACUACGCAGCAGACCUCGCAUACACCCUCAACCUUCGACGGACUCGAUUUCCUCAACGGGCUUUCUUGAUCAUGAAGGAUGCGACUCUCAGCACCGACUUCGCUGUGCCAUCAUUCAGAUUUGGCUCGGCUACCAGCAAGCCCCCUCAAGUCGGGUUCAUGUUUACAGGACAAGGUGCCCAGUGGGCUAAGAUGGGUCUUGAAGCGAUGCAAACGUUCCCGUCUUUCGCCAGCACCAUCAAAGAUCUCGAUCAAGUGCUGAGAAACAUCCCAUCGCCCCCGGCUUGGACACUCACCGACGCUUUGAUAGCGCCAGAAAUGCACGGUAUCAACAUAAAUGAUGCCGAAAUCACCCAGCCAAUUUGCACCGCCAUUCAGAUUGCCCUCGUUGAUAUCCUUGCCAGCUGGGGCAUCGAGCCCGUGGUUUCCUUCGGACACUCCAGCGGCGAGAUUGGUGCUGCCUACUCUGCUGGUCUCAUUUCAGCCCCCGAAGCAGUCGUCGCUGCCUUCUACCGCGGUUAUACUGUCAAGCGUCAUGCCCCCACUGGGACUAUGCUUGCCGUCGGGCUCGGCGCGGAAGAGGCCACGGAGUAUCUUUCAAGCUCACCGGACACUGUUAUUGCCUGUGAGAAUUCCCCAAGCAGCGUCACUUUGAGUGGUACUUCAGAGUCAAUCCAGGAAAUCAGAAGCCGUCUUGACGAGAAAGGCGUCUUUGCGCGUGAAUUGCGGACUGGAAAGGCCUAUCAUUCCCCGCAGAUGGAGGCUGUAGCGCCCUUCUACAACGCUUCGCUGUUCAAAGCAUUGCAAACCAUGGACCCGGACGAGUUCAGCUGGCGACGCCAUCUUACGAGGAUGAUUUCUUCCGUCACGGGCAAGGAAAUACAGGGAGGAUUGUCUGCUAACUACUGGAGCGACAAUCUACGAAAUCGAGUUCGUUUCGACUCUGCCGUAACGGAGAUGGGUAGCACGCCCGACCUGGCGGACGUGAAAUGCAUCGUUGAAGUCGGUCCUCAUUCAGCACUGGCCGGGCCAUUCAAGCAGAUUUGUAAGGCAAGGGAUUUCAAGGAUUUCUCGUAUAUUCCCAGCUUUGUUCGCGGGGAAGAUAGUAGUUCCCAGCUUCUGAAGGUCGCUGGUGAACUCUUCCUGCGCAACUACCCGGUGGACCUCGAGCGAGUUAACGAGAUCGAUGACUUCAGCAACACGAGUUCCUUGAAACGAUCCCAGAGUCCCUCUCUUUUAGUCGAUCUUCCCCACUACCAAUGGAACUAUGAGAGACGAUUUUUCGCUGAGUCCCGGGCUAGUCAAGAGCAGCGCUUCAUGAAGUACAAUCGCCACGAUAUACUUGGCCGCCGGGUCCUAGGGCUUUCCGACCACUCUGUAGUUUGGCGUAAUGUUCUACGACACCGGGACAUCCCUUGGCUGAAGGACCAUUCUCUCGGCAGAGAGACUCUCUUCCCUGCGGCGGGACAUCUAUCUCUUGCAAUCGAGGGCCUGCGGCAGACCUGCGAGACCAACGGUCUGGACGUCUCUAGCGUCACCUUACGCGACGUGGCAAUUAAGGUCGCCCUCGUUGUGCCAGACACGGACGACGGGAUCGAAAUUCAGCUUCGUCUCGAGCAAUUGACAACAUCUGACGCGUCCGAAGGCUCAUCCUGGUACUCGUUUACCGUGGAAUCAAUCGUCGAGGGCACUUGGAACGUACAUUGCGAAGGCAGAAUUGCAGCCAACUUCCGCGCUCAGCCCCCAGUCGGCAGCUUCCGUGACAUUUCUCUUCCAGCUCUGACCCAAAGAGUCACCGGCAAGACAUGGUAUGAGGCUUUCCACCGCGUCGGCUUCGAGUACGGGCCCAGCUUUCAGGGCCUCGAGGAUAUCAAGACGAAUGGCACCCUCCAUGAAGCCGCCGCCGAUGUCCAGGUCAAGAAGCAGAGCGGAUUGAUGAAGGGAGAGUCCAGGUACAUCCUGCACCCUUCAACAAUCGACGCCUGCCUUCACCUUAUCAUCAUUUCCAUCCAAGCUGGUCAGCACAAGACGAUGCCGUGGGGUGUCGUUCCCAUCAAUAUCGAAGAAGUCUCAUUAUGGCUGCCAGAGGAAGAGGCCGACUCGAUAGGCCAGGCACUUGCCUAUACCGACGAGCUGGAUGGCCGUUAUUUUAAUACUCACACCAGGCUUGCGACUCCAUCUGGGAAAACUGUGCUAGAUAUCAAGUCACUGCGCUGCGUUGAAUAUGCUGCGGCUCUGCCACAAGAGUCUCUAACUCCAAAGAAGCGGCAACCCUAUAUGAGCAAGAGUUGGACACCUGAACCUGCUCCAGAGAUACAACCCGAAAUCGACUUCGCCGCGGUUUGGGCCAAUGCGACAUUGGUCUACAAUCACACGUUAGACGAGAAGAUGGAAAAGAUCACCGGUGGUCUUCCCACCAAAGAUCUUAGUACUUUGGGCGAAGAAAUAGAAGGGAAACUUGUCAUCUGCGAUAUCUACGGCUCUCUUCUUUCCUCUUUGACUGCCGACACGUUCCAGAUCUUGAAAUCAGUUUUGUCCGCCAAUGUCCCUAUCCUCUGGCUCACUAGCGGCGUGAAUGAGGGCAAAUGCCCGCAAGGUGCCAUGGUAGCGGGCUUUCUACGUGCUAUCAGGUCAGAGAUGGCAAUGGCCAAGAUUGGGCUGCUCGAUUUCGAUACUACGGAAGACCUGAACGUCCUUCAGGCAUCGACCGUCACGCUGGCGAGAGUUGCUACCAAAGACAGCGGCAAACAUACCGAGUUCUGGCUGCACGACGGUACUAUCCAGACUUGCCGACUUCAUCCUAAUGAGGCUUUGAACAAUGCAUUCACAAACGUUAAGUCAGUUCAGGAAACCAUUCUCGCUGGAGAUCAGGCGCUCCAUGGCAAGAUUACCAACGGAGAACUAGUCUUCCACUCGGAAGACAAGCAGUCGGACCUCUGCAAAGACGAGCUAGAGAUCCUAGUAGAAUCAGUUGAGCUCGAAAGCAAAAAUCUUCAGCAAUUCAGCUCUGAGUCGCCGAAGGUCGUCACAGGAAGAGUUCUCCGCGUUGCACCUAGUCUCGAUUCAUCAAUGGUCGGUCGCAAAUGCGUUACUUACGCUCCCAGCGCCUUCUCGACCAAAUUAACCGUUCCAAAGUAUCUUUGCAAUACUUUCGAGCAUUUCAACAGUGAGGAUCUUGCGGCCACCCUUCCGAGCUUAUGCAAAGUCGUCAACGCAUUGAUUGUGACAGCGAAAGUCGAUCACAGCGAGCAAGUUCUUCUGCUACCCGCUCCUCGGGACUUUGUCAAGGCGGCGGCCAAGCUCAGCAAGAUCCUUGGGCUUAGACUCAACGUGGUGGUCGAAAGCGAAGCGGAGAAGGAUGAGUAUGCGUCGGGACAUGGACUCAGCCUGGAAAACAUCAUACUCGUCUCACACGCUUCGGAGCUAGGCACCAACCUCAAUUCGGACGGUUACCUUGUCUCCGAUGUUGUGGUCGCGCACGACUUCUCCCUUCUAACACAGGAAGCAUGGAGGUCGUCAAAACCAUCGAGUCGAUUCGUUCUCAUCGACGCCACACUUGACCAACCACCAGAUGUCCUUCCAUACACACGAGGCGCCGCUUUCCUGUCCGUCGGUGUUGAGGCUCUUUACAAGCGAGACCAGCGCGGUCUUGGCUGUCUGCUGAGCCGCACAUUGGGCCUGCUAAACGGACAGGGGGCUCUAUUGACGGAGAAGAAGGAGAUCAUCGACAUUGGCUUAUUCGAACAGAUCCUGCGGACUGUAAAGUCUGCGAAGGGCUCCGAGAGUGUGAUCGCUAAGUACAACUACGGGCAAAGUUCUAUCAAGUUUCAACCGCCCUCUGACGAACUCCGAUUCAACCCUCAUGCCACUUAUCUUCUGGUCGGCUGUCUCGGUGGUCUAGGACGAAGCCUGACCUCAUGGAUGUUGGAGCGAGGAGCUAAGAGAUUCGCCUUCUUGUCUCGCUCCGGCGCAGAUAAGCCGGAAGCAGCGGAACUUGUGUCGUCGAUUGAGAAGCGAGGCGCCCAUGUUGAGGUGUUCCGUGCCGAUGCUUCGAGUCCCGCAGGUGUUGCGAGAGCCCUUUCGUCUAUCUCAGCUGAGCAUCCCGUCAGAGGCGUAGUGCAUGCUGCUAUGGUUUUACAAGACUCAAUCUUGGAAACAAUGACCUACGACAAAUGGCUCACCUCCAUCACCCCCAAAGUCAGCGCAGCACAGUGCCUCCACGACGCCCUCGCAGGCCACACCCUCGACUUCUUCGUCAUGACUAGCUCUAUUUCUGCCACCCUAGGCACGCCAGGCCAAAGCAACUACUGCGCCGGCAACGGUUUCCUCGACGGUCUCGCCUGGCAUCGCAACCAGCAAGGCCUCCCAGCCGUCUCUCUAAUUCUACCCAUGAUCCUAGACGUCGGCUACGUCGCGCAGCACCAAGAGAUCGAGCUCAGUCUAUCUCGGCAGGGGAUGUACGGCAUCGACGAGCAGGAGAUGCUGAAGGGCUUUGAGACGGCUAUGAUGCGCCCGAAACCGGUUCCUGGGAAGCAGGAUGUGAACGAUGCGCAGAUAAUUCUGGGUCUAGAGCCGAGUUUUCUUGCUGCUGCCGCGAAUCUGAGUGCAGAAAGUCCGGAUGCGUUCUGGUACAACGAUGCCCGCUUUUCCAACCUCCUCAUCGCUAUCGACGAGGCCGGUGCGGGUGCGAAGUCGAGCGGCUCGGGUGGAGAUAUCAAGAGCGUCGUCAAGGAGGCUAAAGCCAACGGUGCCAAUGUUAUCGAAGUGCUGGGCGAGUACAUCACGAAGAAGCUCUCAAGCAUCUUGAUGGUCCCGACGGAGAACUUCGACUACGAUACCACUUCGAUUGCGGACGCUGGAAUCGAUAGUAUGAUUGGGGCUGAGCUGCGUAACUGGUUGUUCAAGCAGUUUGUGCUGGAGAUUUCGUUCCACAAUUUGCUGGCCCCGACGUUGACGAUUAAGAAGUUGGCGAUGCUUGUUGCUGGAAAGAUGGGGCUGCUUGAGAGUGGGGCAUAAAUCUAGAUGAUUGCUUUUUUGGUGAACGAAAGAUAGAUUGAUACGUUUCUAUUUAGAUUGGGUUGGAGUUGAAUUAAGCCAUAGAAUGAUCAUAUUUCUUUCACUUUGUUGUCAUGUAACGUGGAACUAUUCUUCUCUAUGGAUUUCGCAGCGUAGGUUAGACUUAGUUCCAUGUCAAAUCGAUGUGGGAAAAUGAUGGUAAAGUUCUCAUAUAUGAUAUGCAUACGGUUUUUUCUCUCGACUCAACUUUGUCCACAUGAGGACUUAGC